AUGAGUAGGCCACUCAAGAGACAGAGGCUAGACGUCCGCCCAUCCAGAAGUGGCCAUGUACCGACUACGCUCUCGCACGGCGACUACGCUAUUGGCUGGAUCUGUGCGCUUCCAAAAGAACUGUCGGCAUCACAGGCCAUGCUGGACACUGUACAUAAACCACUACCAAGAGUCAAAAACGACAGCAAUACAUAUACACUAGGCAGCAUCGCUGUGCACAACAUCGUCAUCACCUGCCUCUCAUCAGGGUAUUAUGGUACCAAUAAAGCCGCAGCUGUUACAAGCAACAUGCGUUGGACAUUUCCUUCUAUACGGUUAUACUUAAUGGUUGGAAUUGGCGGUGGCGCUCCUGGAACAGCUGACAUCCGACUCGGUGACGGUGUUGUUGGCCAAGGAGUGGUGCAGUAUGAUCUGGGAAAGACAGUCACUAGGAGCCAGUUUAUACGAACAGCAAACAUCCGCUAG